AACAUAAAGUUUAAAAAAACUUUUUUUUUUUUUUUUUUAAUAUAGGUUAAAUAAGUCUAAUAUACGAAAAUAAUAUUAUUUAUGAUAAUAGAUUAUGAUUAAAUAGAAAUACUUGGCCGCAAACUACUCCAGUUCCGUCAGCAAGCAAUGUUGAAAAUUAUUCAUUAUUUUUUCUAAAUAUUGCCGUUUAUUUUUACAUGCUUCCUGCUUUAAAAGAUGAAUAGAAGACAGUUAUACAUUUAUAUUAAAGAAACUGACUGUAAUAAAAAUGAUUUACUUUGUAAACUGGUUGAGUAUGUGGAAAAUGUUUCACCAAACACAUUUUUAGAUAUAAAGCCAACAUUAUCAUCAUUUGUUCAUCAAUACAAACGUAAAAUGACAACUGUAAAAAGGGAGUAUACUCAAUUUGAAAAUAAAUAUGCUACUUGGCUAGAUGCUAUUAUUUCUUUUAAACUAAUAAAAGCUGUUACUCCUGAAAAAAAUUAUGGUGGAAGACCAGAAACACCUUUUAACAAAUCUUCAAUACGAUCAAAGGACAGAAAAGUUUCUAACAUUAUACAUAUGUACUCUACUAACGAAAUAUUAUAUGCAGCUUCAAGGUCAUUAAAAAAAGAUGGGAGAAAUGCAGAGGCUAUCAGUGUCAAAAGUAUUUUAUAUACCCCUCAAGCAAGUCUUUUUUCUGACAAAGCACUAGCACUCUUCUUAGAUGCUAAUCUGUCAAAGGCAACAUACCAACUUCUCCGCAACAAUGCUUUGGAUCUAGAUUCAGCUAUUUAUCCAACAUACCAUGAUUUAAAGAGUGCAAAAGACAGAUGUUAUCCAGAUGAUGUUAUAAUCUCUGAUUACUCAGCAGAAAUUCCGUUGCAGUCUCUACUUCAGCACACAUCACAACGACUUUGUGAUUCUCAGAUAGAAGUGCUGACUGCUGAUUCCCUUAAAAUCUUUAAAAAACUUACACUUAGAUCAAAAAUAGGAUUUGAUGGUGCAACUGGUCUGUCAGUGUAUAAGCAGUCGAGUACAGAUGAGGCUGGCAGGAGUUUAGCCAAUGAAGUAUCUUUAUUUAUUACAUGCUUAGUGCCAUUAGACUUAUACUUUUUUACAGAUGCCAAGCGGCAGCUUGUUUGGAGGAAUCAUAAACCUUCGUCGCCUAUUUUUUGCAGACCUGUCCGGUUUAAAUACAUCAAAGAAACAAAGGAAGUAGUCUUAGAAGAAUUUGAGUCAAUUAAAAAUGACAUCAAAACACUCCCAGUUUCUAAAGUGAUAAUUGCUGGACAGACAUUAGAUGUACAUCAUAUCAUAGAUAUCACUAUGAUUGAUGGGAAAGUGCAGACCAUAAUUUCCACUGCUACAACUUCCACUCAGUGUUGCAGUGUUUGUGGCAUCUCACCAAAGUUCAUGAAUGAUCUGCCAAUAGUUUUAAAAAAAGAAGUGAAAAAUGAAUGGCAUCUCAACACUUCAUGCCUGGAUUAGGCUUUUUGAGUGUUUACUACAUAUUGCAUACAAGAUUCCAAUUCAGAAAUGGCAAGCAAGAGGUGUAGAUGAUAAAGCUAUAGUUGCCACCAGAAAGAAGAAAAUACAAGUUGCAUUCCAAAAUGAGAUGGGUCUUGUUGUAGACCAGCCAUGCUCUGGGGGUGCUGGUACCUCAAAUGAUGGGAACACUGCACGUCGUGUGUUUCAGCAGGCUGAAAAGUCUGCUGAAAUAAUGGGUGUUAGUCCUGUUCUUAUCAGAAGACUACAUUCAAUAUUAUCAGUGAUGUCUUCUGGAUUUGAUAUUGAACCUAACAAAUUUAAAAAAUAUUGUUUUGAGACUGCAGAGUUGUAUACACAGUUAUAUAUAUGGUAUCCUAUGUCACAGACUUUACAUAAAGUUCUGAUUCAUGGACAUCUAGUGAUAAAAUUUUUUAGCUUGCCUCUUGGCAUGAUGUCUGAGGAAGCACAAGAAGCCUCAAAUAAGUACUUUAAAAAAUACAGGGAGUGCUUCUCUAGAAAAUGUGACAGAAAAAAAACCAAUUUGGACGUGUUUCAUCGCCUUUUAUGCCAUUCAGAUCCUUUUAUUGCUCAAUACCGUAAAACAAACAGUACAAGAAAAGCUAUUCUGCCUGCCGAUGCAAUUGCUCUGUUGAAAGAGCCCAGCAUCAUUUGCUCUUUGUGAGUUUUUGAUGAUAUCUUAGAAAUAAAUGUUUUUGCCAAUGAAUGUACGUGUUUAGCAAUAAAUGUUUAAUUAUA